UCAAUUUCCAAACCCUGUGGUCACACAGCCCAGUGCAAAAAAGGAGAAGUUUCUCAGAGAAGGAGGAGGCCAGUAUCAAAAAACUGAUAGUGUGUCAAGGCAAAUCUUCGGCUCUCAUCUCCACCAGCCCACCCCGGGCAGGCGGCAGCUUUGAGCACCUUCAGCCCUGGACCUAGUGCUCCCUUCUCUCCAGAGGCCAUGGCUCCUGGAAUCCUGCUACCACUGAUGGCGGUGGUCAUCUGGCACAGUCAGGCAGCUCCCAUGAUUGAGCCCCAAAGUCCAGAGCUGGUGGUGGAACAAGGAUCAACUGUAACACUUCUUUGUGUGGGCAAUACCAGUGUGUACUGGGUCAAUGAUGUGAACUGCAACACCAGUGGCUGUAUUCAGCAACCCGUGGGCAACAAUAACACCCUUAUUAUCAUCAGCACUACAAUUAGUCAUACAGGCACCUAUAAAUGUUUGGAGGAAGAAACAGAAAACCUGGAUGAAGACAACUCUGCUGCCUCCUUGCACCUCUAUGUGAAAGAUCCAGAAAAUCUUUGGAGUGUCCCCGUCAGUAUGGUCACUGCCUUGGAGGGCAGUGAUGUGCUGUUGCCCUGUCGGAUCACAGAUCCCACAGCAGUGCCUUCAGCAUUUCUGGAAAGAAAAUAUAAUAAACCUGUCAAGGGCAGUGUCACCUUUGACCCUUGGAAAGGCUUCACCAUCCGCAAGGUCCAGUUCAUCCAAAGAGACACUUACUUCUGUAAAGCUGUGGUUGAAGGGAAGAGAAGAGUAUCCUCAAAGAUCCAGCUGAUUGUGGAAAAAGUCCUUUCAGGGCCUCCAAAAUUAUGGCUAGAACCUUCUGAGCUAAUUCGUAUUCAAGGGGAAUCUGCCCAGAUUGUCUGCACAGCAACUGAUCCAGAUACAAGAUUUGAUAUUGUCCUUGAACACCAGCAGAAGGAGAACACUUCCCUGGGAAAAUACCAAUAUAAGUUUAUUGAUGACAACUAUCAAGGUACCAUCAACUUCACCAUCACAGCUGUGAGCCCAGAGGAUGGUGGCACCUAUUUCUGUAAGGCUUCCAACCAUAUGGGCUCCAGCAUUUCUUUCGCAGUUCUAAAGGUAGUAGAACAGGGGUACAUGAACCUAUCCUCUGAGCAAAGCCUCCAGCUAGCAAUGGCUGUUGGGGAAAAUUUGGACUUGAAGGUAAAUAUUGAGACUUAUCCUGAACUGCUUCACUGGAACUGGACUUAUGAUGGUCCCUUUCUCGACUCUCACCCCAAACCGCUGACCUCCAUUUCAGGGGAAAUCUACAGGUUCAACACAACCCUCACUCUGUCUCGGCUGAAAGAUUCAGAAGCUGGGUACUACACCUUCCAUGCUGAGAACUCGAACGCUAAUGCUUCUCUCAGCUUUGAGGUCAUCCUAUACCACCCUCCAGAAGUACAAGUCCAGCAGGCAUACCUCAAUGUCUCUAAUGUCCUUCGCUGCAUUGCUCUUGGGUAUCCAGCCCCUGAGAUUACAUGGUACCGCUGCUCAGGCAAUAAAGAUAGCUGCAACCAGGACAGAGUAUUGCUAUGGCAUGAUGCCAAUACUUCAGUCCUGAGUCAGGAACCCUUUCACAAAGUGACGGUUGAGAGCAUCUUCCAUAUCCAAACUCUGAUGGAAAACACCACCUACAUGUGUAUGGCCAGCAACAAGGUUGGGGACAACUCAUUUAUCUUCUGGCCCAUCCGGAGAGAACUUGUCGUCCGACCUGGUGAAGACGGUCUCUUUAUCCCUGUCGUCACAGCCUGCGUUGCCACCAUGGCUCUACUUUCCCUUCUACUCCUCCUGCUCCUGUACAAGUACAAACAGAAACCCAAGUACCAAGUGCACUGGAAGAUCAUUGAGGCUUGCGAAGGGAACAACUACAUCUUCAUUGAUCCUACACAGCUGCCCUAUAACGAGAAAUGGGAGUUCCCCCGAAAUAACCUGCAGUUUGGUAAGACACUGGGAGCUGGAGCCUUUGGGAAGGUAGUAGAAGCCACGGCAUUUGGACUGGGGAAGGAAGAUGCCGUCCUCAAGGUGGCUGUGAAGAUGCUGAAGUCCACUGCUCAUGCAGAUGAGAAGGAGGCCCUCAUGUCAGAACUGAAGAUCAUGAGUCACCUGGGACAGCAUGAGAACAUUGUCAACCUGCUGGGAGCAUGUACCCAUGGAGGCCCAGUCCUGGUCAUCACAGAGUAUUGUCACCAUGGUGACCUGCUCAACUUUCUACGCCGUAAGGCAGAGGACAUGUUGGUGCCAACCCUGAGUUCUGAGCCUGAUGGAGGCCCCGGGUACAGGAACAUCCAUUUGGAGAAGAAAUAUAUCCAUGGCCAGGGCCUGGACACCUACGUGGAGAUGAGACCCGUCUCCUCCUCCUCUUCUAGCUCCUUCUCUGAGCAGGACCUGGACCGGGAGGACGGGCGGCUUUUGGAGCUCUGUGACCUGCUGCGCUUCUCCAGCCAAGUGGCCCAGGGCAUGGCUUUCCUCGCUUCCAAGAAUUGUAUUCACCGGGAUGUAGCUGCCAGAAACGUGCUGGUGACUAGUAGACGUGUAGCUAAGAUUGGGGACUUUGGCCUGGCGAGGGACAUCAUGAAUGACACUAACUAUGUGGUCAAAGGCAAUGCACGCCUGCCUGUGAAGUGGAUGGCCCCAGAAAGCAUCUUUGACUGCGUCUACACAGUGCAGAGCGAUGUCUGGUCAUAUGGGAUUUUGCUCUGGGAAAUCUUCUCACUGGGUUUGAGUCCUUACCCUGGCAUCCUGGUGAACAGCAAGUUCUAUAAGUUGGUGAAGGAGGGAUAUCAGAUGGCCCAGCCUGAUUUCUCUCCCCCAAACAUAUACAGCAUUAUGCAGGCAUGCUGGGACCUGGAGCCCACUCGGAGACCCACCUUUCAGCAGAUCUGUUGCUUUCUUCAAGAGGAGAUGGAGGCCACUAGCAGAAAGCAGGACUAUGCCAACCUGCCCAGUAGUGGCAGCAGUGAGGAGGAAGACAGUGUCAGCGAGCCCCCGGACUGCUGUGACCAAGUGGACAGCAGCCAGCCCCUACUGCAGGCCAACAACUACCAGUUCUGUUAAGCCAAAGUCAGUUCCUCUAUGGAAGGGUCAACUUGGGGCAUGAAGAAACACUCAAUGAUUUAGCUAUUUCACUGAAGGGCUGGGCCCAACUCUGAAGCUCAGGAAUAUAAAUAGGCUAGCUAUUUCCCUGGGAAUCCAGUUAUUUCUGCAUACCAGGGUCAGAGUGGCAUAUGGUGGCUGUGCUCCUGUCUAGGCCCUUCUCAACCCAUUGGUGCUGUAACAGCCUAUUUUACCAUCUAUUGCUAAGUAUCUCAGCAACUUUAUCCUUUUUCUCCUCUCCUUACUUAAAUAAUCUCGGCCCUUUACGGCUAAGAAUUCCUCUCUCUCCACUCUGUGGAAGAUUAAAACUAGACCUCAGGAACUGAAAAACUGCUUAAUUGGUUGUGAGGUCCAAAGCCCAAACAAUAUGGGAGAGGCAGCAUGGCAUGAAGGAUGGGCUGCAGAAUCUCAAAGACCUGGGUUUGAAUCUCACCUUCCACACUUACUAGCUAUAUGGCCCAAGACAAAAGGCCUGCUUCUUCAUCUAUAAAAUGAUGGAAGUUGGAUUCUAUUAUCUCUAAGGUACCUUCCAACUUUAAAUCUACAAGCCUGUGGAACAGUUACAGACCUGGAUAGGCCAAGUGAUAGAGCAGUGAAAGAAGUCACCUUGUCCACAAAGUGUCAGCCAUCACUAGCAGCAGAGGCCAGUUCUCAGAGAGGCUAUACCUCCUAUCACCCCCACUCAGCUCAAAGCUUACAUGUAGCAUUUCUGCCACAGAUAACUCCAGGGAUGCAUUUCCUUGGGGAGGCAACACAGCAAAUUAAUUUUGUGAAAGUUUGUUUUUGUGGAUUUUUUUGGUUAGAGUUUAAGUGACUGGACUCCUAGGCUUCCUUCCCUGUUUAUGCCCUGCUUUGGGUUAUUAUGGCAUUAAAAAGUCCAAGGUUUAAUAACAUUAGGGCUUACCUUCUUCGGCCCUUUAAGUUAUGAGUCAUUGCCCUGAGGGCUGGCUAACCUUGGCAUUUGGCUGGGCAGGCCCAAAAUGUACCUAAAAGCAUUAAACUAAGCUGCCUACUUUUAACUAACAGUCACCUCACAGGAUGUCAAGGUCAAGAUUAAACUAACAACAUUAACUCAA